AUAUAAUUGAAAAUUAUAGAAUAAUUAUUCAACUAUCAAUAUUAAACUAAUAAAUACACUAACAAUUGUAUUUAAAAUAAAUAUAAUAAAAAUUUAUUUAAACCAAAUCAGAAACCCAACCAGAACGGGCGGGCGGGGUCCGACCAAAUCGGGCGGGCAUGGUCCGACCAGACCUGUCGGACCGCGUCCGCUUCUGUCAGGGCGCCGGCCAGGCGGACCGCGUCCUAUCCGACAUGUCGGACGGCGGCGAGAACGAAUUAAAAAAAAAUCUCAGCGGGGACGAAUGGAACAGCGGCGGCGGCUUCUCCUGGGCGGUUGCGGCCGAGAUCGACAGAGGGAAUGGGGCGGCGGCUCUCCUAGCGGCGGCGGCUUCUCCUGGGCGGAGCUCGGCAGAGGGAGGUUGGCGGCAGCGGAGCUUUGCGGUAGAGGGAGGUAGUGGCGGCGGCCGACGGUGAGCAGCAGGGGUGGGAAGUGAAGGCAGCAUAAGGGAGGGGUGGGACUUGGGGUAGUUAGGUUUAGGGUUUUAAAAUGAGGCAGAGGCAAAAUCGUCAUGUUUUUUAUAACUACGGGCGGCAAAUAGUAAAACUACGGGCGACAAAUAGCGAUUCAUUUCUUUAAAAGGAAAAUUCACUCACGGAAAAAAAGGAUCCUACUGUAUCGGCCACGACCUGUCAUUUGUUUAUUUAUUUGGGCGAUAAAACAUCUGCCACCGCCAGCCAGAUAUUUUCCCUCCCCACUCGGACAAUAAUGGGCCGAACAUGGGCUUUAUUCUUUCCAUCUCCUUUCCCGGCGGAAAUAAACCAUUUAUGCCGCCAGAUUCCCUGUCUCAGCUGAAAGCCAUGGGAUUGCAAGAAAUCGAACUUCCAAUUAAUCCCUCAUCUCCAGCCUCCAGGUGCUCUCUAAUGUAUAUUUAUUGCUGAACCUGCGUCUGUGAUUUUCUUUCUCUCUGUCUGGAUAUGUAAUGGUGCUGGUUUUCUUCCGAGGUAGGGUUUGUGUGUUUUGCGAACUGUGCUUUGGGUUUCUAGGGUUUAGUCUUUUAGAGUUGAAAAUUCAUUGUGUGAAGUUGGGGGAGCGGCAAAUGAUGGUUUACACUUGAUCUCUGAACGUUCAGGUAAGUAUUGUUGACAAAUUCACUCUAGUUGAUGCUCUUCCCCGGGCUUCCACUCUUUGCAAAUAUUUGCCAUUUGUUCGUAAAGGGUUGUUGUUAGUGUGCAUUCUAUGAACUUUCUUUCGAAAGAUUUGAACUUGGAGCUAUUUUAAAUUGGAUUGAAGUUUUUCUUUCUUGUGUUGUGUGGUGGAUCUUAUGGUUGAGUUAGCUUGGUAUUUGCUAAAUGUAUGCGAUGCUUUCACUGGCAAUGAACCUGUUAAGCAACAUAAGAUUGGGAGAGUAGCUUUGGCACUUUUUUCGCUCCAUAAAGGUUUUAUAAACAAAGUGCAGGAAUCAUGACUGAAACUUCCCCUGGCCAUUCACAAAUGAUCGCCUUGAGAAUAGAAUCCAUCGUGCAAUGAGUUGAGCAGCCGCUUUGGACCUGUGGAAUGACAUCGAUGGAGUUCAGGAACGACGAAGAAUGUGAACUGCAAGACCAUAAGCCUGGAAAUCAUUCAUCAAUAUAUGUAAUAACUCCAUAUAAUUUUGGGUAAUGGAUAUUGAAUGUUUGCAGAUUAGCGUUUGCUGAAUGAUGUACUCUGUGUAUUGAUAUUGAAUGCUGCAGAGGCUGUUAGGAGAAGAGAAAUGUAGUUGGAGAGAUUGGAAUGCAUCGCGUGUAUUGCAGAGUAAGAAGUUCCGGAGGGAAGUCUUAUAUGGCAAUGGAUUUUCGUCCAUCCCAUUGCAUAGUUUGCAGAUAAAGCUGCUUCUAUACAUGUUACUCGGAUUAAAUGCUUGUAGAUCGUUCAUGAUCCCUGGAGUGUAACAGAU